AUGAGUCUUAAUACAUAUCUAGUUGAGAUCAAUGAAAAGAAGGAUCCUGAUCCUUUUAUUACUUUGUUCUCUAAAUCAAAAGGAAAUAAACUUGAAUUUAUAGCUUUCAGAAUUCUUAAAACACUAAGAUUGAUUGUUAAAGAAUUGUUAGAUCCUGAUGGUGAUGGGGGAAUAGAUAUCUUUAGAAACUUUGAAGGAUAUUUGAUUUUAGUUCAAUGUAAGAAUUAUACAGAUGCAAAGGUUGGUGUUGAUGAUAUUAGAAAAUUUGAAGGAAUGAUGUCAAGGUAUCCCAAUCGUACAACAAUAGGAAUUUAUGUAAUAUUUAAUACAAAUGAAUAUAGCAGAAGAGCAGAAACAUCAGAACUUAAUAUCUUAUUAACAAAUGUUUCUAGCAUGAAACUAGACAUUAUUAAUUAUGUCAUUGAAAAAUUAGGUAAUGCUUUCGAUGAUUCUGAAGAACCUCAUGACUAUGAACUAACUAAAAAGGUGGUUCGCUGGUUGAGCUGUAAGGCUCAUGACCAUGAGUUAUCUAAAAGGGCAGUUUGCUGGUUAAGCUGUAAGGCUCACGGCCAUAAACUAUCUAAGAGAGCAGCUUGUUGGUUGAGCUAUAAGGCUCAUGACCAUAAACUAUUUAAGAGGCGGCCUGUUGGUUGA